AUGGAGUACAUCGGUUUGCUGUGCGAUGGGAUUGGCGGCGACGCGCUUGGGGUCUUGACUUGCUUUUUGGAUUUCGAAGAUUUCCUCAAGCUCGCCACCACCUCCAGGUGCAUGAGAGACGUGCUGCUGUCACGUGAGCAGUUGUGGGGGUGCUUCUUCGAGCGGGGAUCGGUCGGUUGCAACAGGCCCGAGGACCUGGAUGGCAUAACCGGCAAAGGCCGUCAGUGCCGCUGCCAAUACCGCAUCCGCCCGUUCAGCGAGGCCAUUGCUGGUUUCAAGGCUCUUGCUGAUCUCGCUUCGCAAUGCGGCGUCUUUGACGGUCGUAGGAAGCUGGACGGCAGGGCGCUGCUUGACCUCGCCAUAAGCUCGGGCACGCACUCCCGAAGGGUCACUGUGGACCGGGACAUGGUUCGGGACCUGAGGACCAUCGGGAAAACCAUUCUGGCGAUCUCCAGGGACGGCGUCGGGUGGCCGUUCGCCGUGCUGAGCGCUAACCGUAUCCUGGGCGUGGGCACGUGCCGUGAAUUCUUCGACCUGCGGCAGCCAACUCCCAUCUUCGACAGGCACACGUUCCAACUGGUGGCAUGCUGCUGGGUGCGAUCCACACAGUGCCCUCGGUGCAGCUGUGAAGGAGGCGGGUGCGUUGACCAAACGCCGCCGAAACAAGUUGAAGACUCACCUUCUGCCGACAGGCCGUUGACCCUGGCCAUGCUGUACACCUGCCGCGGCGAAGACGCGUGCGUUUCCGUGUACAACUACGGCGAGUCUGGAUUGGAGCGCAACCCAGUGGUGACAUGGAAAAUUCCUACUGGUUAUAACCCCGUUAGGUGUCUGGAGGUCGUGCAAGGAAGGGGGUGCGGGCACUACUUCGCCUUUGUGGGCACCGAUGAAGGCGACAUCCACUGUAUCCAGGCGGGCACCGCGUCCGUAAUAGCGACCAUCAGGAGCCCAAUAGACGCCAUCACAGCCGCUGCAAGCGGCGGCAAGGUGGUGCUUUGCGUCCACGCCGCGGGUGACAUCGCGGUUUUGCACCAGGAGGGUGAUGUCACGCAUGUCUACCGCGUGGAAGAAGCGUUCGUCUACGCCGUCGACACUGAGAACCUUCUGCUGGCGUACUGCGCGUACGGUAAGUGCACGGUUAAGAUCGGGAGAUUCACGGGCCCCGACGUGCAGCUCAGGGUGACCAAGCCACCCUCCUUCAUCCUGUACCUCCACCGCAGGUCGAUGUGGGCGCUGGUGAUGCGCAACUACGUGAAGCUGAUCCAGGUUUCCGGGUGCGACGCGUCCCUGCAGGUGAAGCACCUGCGCGUGCUCAAUGGCCACCGGGAAGACAUCACUGCGUGCCACGCCGACGGGUGGUCACGGAUGGCAACCAUCGACGCUGCGCAAUACCUCAUCGUUUGGGACUUCAUCCGGGGCGUGAAGGUGAUGGGCAUGGCACUGAUCACCGCGAGUGCGUCGCUGGGGCUCCCCAAGCUCAGCCGCAAAGAGGUCGACGGCACCACUCGCCGGCGCCGCAGCGUCAACAGCGAGAUUUCUUACGCGUCGCUGCACAACGUGAAGAAGGACUUCAACAACCCACCUUCCGUAAGCUACGGGUCUGCCGCAUCCGACAGCGACGAGCCGACGCGUUUCGGCAUGGAGCGCCUGUCGACGCGGUCGUCGUCGAGCCACAAGCACACCGUCUACAUUUCGCUGGACACGAUAUGCGUGUACUACCACCACAUGUCGUGCUUGCAGGUUAUCACCCUGAAAUGA